AUGGCGAAUCCGGCCAGAGACGGGUAUCAGGAGUUCGACAAUGAGCCCGACCUACCCGGAGAAGUGCCUGUAAGCGAUUUUAAGGACAAAUUGUGAAAGUAAGCGGAUUUCUUUGCUUCAGAAUCAGAAUCCGCCAGUAGAGCGCCGACCGACUGUAUCAGAAGACACAUCACUCUUCCAAGACCGACUUCCGACAGAGAACUCGCUGUCUCCAGAACAGGUAGGGCAGUUGAACAGGGUGGAUUCGAGAGUGGUUUUCCAGGCAUUCAUCCACAUGGUCAAAGCUAUGCUCGGAACAGGUCUUCUGUCUCUUCCGCUGGCUUUCAAGCACUCAGGGCUCUUCGUAAGUCUCUUCUUGUUCGUUCUCACCUCAAUCGUAUCGAUUCUUAUUCCAGCUCGGUCUGAUUCUGACGAUUGUCAUCUGCUUGAUUUGUCUUUACUGCAUGCGACAAGUUGUCUUCGCUGCUCAUUUCGUUUGUAACAGGUUGAAUAAUUAGGCGAUCUAACCGGUUAAAAAUAUUUUUUCAAGAAAUGGCCGAGAUCUCAUUGAUUACGCUAAUAUAAUGAGAGGAGCAGUAGAGAUGGGACCGCCCUGGAUCAAGAGAAAAGGAUACUUUUUCAAGUGAGUAGAAAAUAUUGAGAAGAAGUCAUAGCGGGAAUGUUUCAGGCAACUUGUGAACGUUAACAUGUUCAUCUCUCAGCUCGGAUUCUGCUGUGUCUACUUUGUAUUCAUGGCUGACAACCUGGAAGACGUGAGUUUCCGGUUCCCCUUCACCUCUUCAAUGCCCGUUCUUUUCCAGUUUUUCAACAACAACACUUCAAUCCAUUUGUCGAAGGCCGUCUGGAUGCUCCUUCUGCUCAUUCCGAUGCUCUCCAUCUGUUCGAUUCGCCGUCUUUCCAUUCUCGCUCCGUUCGCAAUGGCUGCCAACGCAGUUUACGUUGUCGCAGUCGCAAUUGUGCUCUUCUUCUUUCUUUCGGAUCUCCGUCCGAUUUCCUCGCUUCCCUGGUUCGGAAAAGCCACCGAUCUGCCGCUUUUUUUCGGAACCGUCAUGUUUGCAUUCGAAGGCGUCGCUGUGGUUGGGAAGAUUUCAGUUUUCAGACAAUUCUUCGAUUUCCAGAUAAUGCCAAUUGAGAAUCGCAUGUCCUCUCCUCAUUCAUUCAUCGCAUGGAACGGCGUUCUCAACUCCUCCUGCCUCGUCGUUCUCGCGAUUUUCAGUGUCACCGGAUUCUACGGGUACUUGCUAUCCAUUCUCUUACAACCUUCCCAUGAAUGCACUAUUCUUCCAGAUAUUUAUCACUUGGAAAUGACGUCAAAGACACGGCGACGCUCAAUUUGCCGAUGACACCGUGAGUGAGAAGGAGAAAUUGAGAGGAACUGAGAGAGCGCAAAGAAAGAGAAAUGAGUGUUUGGACUAUGGUUUUGGAAAAAAUGAUCAUUGAGUGGAAGGGGGAAGAAAAAAAUAAGCGGAACUUUUCAGAUUCUACCAAACAAUAAAAUUGAUGUUUGUGGCGUGCAUAAUGAUCUCAUAUCCACUCCAAUUCUACGUUCCCAUGGAGAGAGUCGAGAAAUGGAUCACAAGAAAAGUAAAGAAGAAAAUCAGUCUGUGAAGACAAACACGAAAAUUCGUAUUUCAGAUUCCAGUAAACAAACAGACGUUCUACAUCUACUUUAGCAGAUACUCGGGCGUCCUCUUGACGUGUUAGCCUCCUUCCGUUCCGACCCGUUCCCAUUCUUUCCAUUCUUCCAGGUGCCGUCGCCGAACUCAUCCCCCAUCUGGCCCUCUUCAUCUCUCUCAUCGGCGCUUUCUCCGGAGCCUCCAUGGCGUUGCUCUUCCCUCCGUGCAUCGAACUUCUCGUGCGUUUGUUCGGUAUCCGUUCCCUGCUCAUUCUCCUUUUUUCAGACUUCUUACGCAAAGAACGAGCUGUCCAGAGGGUUGUGGCUUAAGAAUAUUCUCCUUUUAUCGUUUGCUGUCAUAGGAUUCACCACCGGAACCUACAGUGCUCUCGUUGAAAUCGCCAAGACUUUCGACUGA